AUGUCCGCAGAUGAAGGAAUCGAAUUACCCCCACUCACCAUGCAACCAUUGCUCCCAACGCCGAGCUUGAUCUUCACGGUGCCGAGUCUUCACGACGGGCUCCCGAUUAAUUGUCGCAUAUACCAUCCGCGCUCGCUCGCUGCUUCUCCCGACGCGCCUCAGUGGUGUAAGCAUGCCGCUAUCAUAGCACACCCCUACGCGCCCCUCGGCGGCUGCUACGAUGAUCCCAUCGUCGAUAUCGUGGCCGGAACACUGCUGCACUUGGGCUUCCUCGUUGGCACCUUCAACUUCAGGUUCGGACCGUUUCCUACUUGGCAAUGCCCGCCACUCAGUCGUCCUACAGUGGGCAGAUUUGGGAGCAUGGGACGAGACGAUCAGGGAUUAGAUGCGGUCGAGGAGGUCACGUCACCAAUCCGCAUCCGACCACCGACGCCAACACCGCCAGAGCCGUUCUCCAGACACACAGAACCGAUCAUGUUGCUCGGGGGCUACUCAUACGGUUCCAUGGUCACAUCCCAACUUCCGGCCCUCGAGACCAUACUCGGCUUCUUCAGCGCCCCGGAGUGCGGAACAUCGGCCGCCGAGAUCCGACUGCGUGCACAGCAUUUGGCAGAGAUGCAAAAUACCGUGCUCGCCAGUGCGAGGGAGGCCGCCGCCGACCAUCUCCGGCCGAAGUCGCCGCGGCGGCAUGUUGGUUUGCGAGUCGGAGGGGACGAGGAAAGCCGCAGGAGCCAUGAAUCCCGUCGUUCUCGGUCGACAGAGUUUGAAGAGGCCAUACGGCACGGCGUCGCGGAGCUCAUGGCUAGGACCAGAAAGGGGCAUAGGAGGUCGCACAGCGGACGCAGUCACACGCCACGAGAUUCGGAUGAACCAACUGGACGUGUCGCAACCCCCGAUCAUCUGCUGCCCGUGGCUCGCCGAACCGCAUUUCUGCCAGCCUAUUUGCUCGUUUCCCCGCUGCAAGGUGUCAUUACGAGCCUAGCCACGAUGUCCCUCACGCCGUUGCUGAGCAUGUCCGGGGCGUGGGCCCGGUUCUCGGCGAAGGGCAACAACGCGACCAUCCAUUCCGACGCCUCAGAAACCGGCCCCCACGAUGCUGCAACGCCGGCCGAGGCAGAGGAGAAGCUGGUGCACAACGCCACUCUGGCCGUCUAUGGCGACCGUGACGGCUUUGUACCCGUCCGGAAGCUGCGGGACUGGGCAUCGCGGUUGGAGGCCAUCCCAGAUUCCAAAUUCCGAGCCCACGAAGUUUCUAGCGCGAACCAUUUCUGGGCACAGGGCAAUGUGGCGUCCACUUUACGAGACGCUGUCGCGAUAUUUGGGGGAUCACUAUUGAACGGCAAAUUAGGUUAA